AUUAAUCCAUCCACGACCGACGACUCCAUGGAAAGCCGUUGCCCCACCCCCGUAAAGCUAAAUCCGCCAUUGAACAGUGUACACUGCACACACACAAAUUGGUGUUGCUGCUUCUAGGGGCCAGCUACAUAUUCCUUGCUGAAAAGCUUCUCAAUUAAUUGAUCUUCAAAGGGUACUACUUAUGGUGCAGAAGGUGAGGUUUCCCCCUUGUUUUUGAUGAGUGGGAGAGAACUCAUUGUAUGUUCUGAAUCUGGGAACUAAAACAUAAAGGGAGAAAUCUUGUGAAGUAAGCAGCUAAAAUGAUGAUGAACAAGUCACUUUUCUUGACUUACCUUUACCUAUUAAUCUACAUUUUGCUGUCAUCUGGAGUUAUUCUGUACAACAAGUGGGUUCUCUCUCCAAAAUACUUCAAUUUUCCCUUUCCUAUCACUCUCACUAUGAUCCAUAUGGGCUUUUCUGGAGCAGUAGCAUUCUUUCUUGUUCGUGUUUUUAAGGUUGUUACUCCGGUUAAAAUGACGUUUGAAAUAUAUGCCACAUGUGUAGUUCCCAUCAGUGCUUUCUUCGCAUCAAGUCUCUGGUUUGGCAACACUGCAUACUUGCAUAUAUCAGUGGCCUUCAUCCAAAUGCUGAAAGCAUUAAUGCCAGUAGCAACACUUAUCAUGGCAGUCCUAUGUGGCACUGACAAGCUGAGGUGGGAUGUGUUGUUGAACAUGCUGUUGGUCAGUGUUGGAGUUGUGAUUUCUUCAUAUGGAGAAAUCCAUUUUAAUGUUAUAGGGACACUUUACCAAGUAACAGGCAUCUUUGCAGAAGCUUUGAGGCUAGUUUUAACUCAAGUCCUUCUACAAAAAAAGGGUUUAACCCUAAACCCUAUUACAAGCUUAUAUUACAUAGCUCCAUGCAGUUUUGCAUUCUUGUUUGUGCCAUGCAUUGAACCUCUCAAUUUCUUAGUGAUUGGAAGAACAGGAGCAGUUACAAUUCGUGUAGCAGGUGUCCUGAAAGAUUGGAUAUUGAUUGCUCUUUCAACUGUAAUAUUUCCAGAAUCUGCCAUCACCGGGCUCAAUAUUAUCGGUUAUGCCAUUGCACUUUGUGGUGUGGUGAUGUACAACUACAUAAAGGUUAGAGAUGUGAAAGCAUCAUCUCAAAUUCCUCCUGAAACUAUUAUCCCAGAAAGAAUGAUUAAUGAUGAUGAUAAUACAAGGAGUAGUAGUGCAGUAGAUGAAGAAGCACCUUUAAUGGCAUCUUCAAGGCUCUCUCAUAUUGCAAGUUCACAGCUUACUAGCCGAGAUGCAUGAACAUGACCAUGAUGAUGAUGAUGAUGCAUCAUAUGUAUAAAACUAAUCUGGUGAAUUCAUAGGGGACAUACACGUGUAUGUGUUUUUUUUACAUGGAUGGAAAAUUGGAUUAUUGUAUUGUAUUUUUACUAGACAAAUUUUGAAAGGACACAUUCUGAGUCUGAGGAUUGGUUUUGGGUUUUUAUGAUUUAUAUUAGUUUUGAUUGAUUAACUGAUUGAUGUAAAUGGGAAUUCUGGAAAGAAAAAAAGAAUAUUAUUCAUGUUGU